GCUGCCGGAGGAGCUUCACAUCGAUGUGUCGAGGACUUUAAACACAGUGUAGACUGCAAAUACACUGUCACAGUGGAAGAGAGAGAGGGACACCGCGCUGGAUCCGACCCCGCAACAAUUCUGAUACAAUGUCUCCAAUGCUUCACUUUCCGAUGCAAUGUGUCUGAUGAUUUACUUUGCUCGCGCGCUGCUCUGAUCGCGCUGUUUUUAUGGAGACAGUGUAUCGGCGUGCUAAAAAACGGUCAACCGGGAAAUGGUAACACAUGAACCUCCUCACUGGAAGGAACAUGGUUGAGAGGAGCAGUAAAUUUCUGUUCAUCGUUGUCGGCUCGGUUCUGUUCAUGCUGAUUCUGUAUCAGUACGUGGCCCCGGGGAUGAUGAACUUCGGAUCUCCGCACGGUUACGCGCUGGAGGACGAUGCGGAUCUCUUCCCGACUCCCGAUCCACAUUACGUGAAGAAAUACUAUUUCCCCAUCCGAGAUCUGGAGCGCACUGUGGAUUUUGAAAUCAAAGGGGAUGAUGUGAUCGUGUUCCUCCACAUCCAGAAGACCGGUGGGACGACUUUCGGGAGGCAUCUGGUCCAGAACGUCAGGCUGGAGGUACCGUGCGACUGCAGACCGGGGCAGAAGAAAUGUACCUGUUACCGACCCAAUAGAAAAGAGACGUGGCUCUUUUCUCGCUUCUCCACCGGUUGGAGUUGUGGCUUACAUGCGGACUGGACCGAACUCACCAGCUGCGUGCCGGGUGUUUUGAACAAGAAGGAGAACAGGAUGAAAAACCAAAGGAAGUUCUACUACAUUACGCUGUUACGAGACCCCGUAUCUCGCUACCUGAGCGAGUGGAGGCACGUCCAGCGCGGAGCCACAUGGAAAACCUCCCUGCACAUGUGCGAUGGGCGAACGCCCACGCCUGAUGAACUGCCAUCCUGCUACGACGGCACUGAUUGGUCGGGCUGCACGUUGCAGCAAUUCAUGGACUGUCCGUACAACCUGGCGAACAACCGUCAAGUACGCAUGCUGGCCGACCUCAGCCUGGUGGGCUGCUAUAACAUGUCCUUCUUUCCGGAGAAAAAGCGUGCCCAAGUAUUGCUAGAGUCGGCCAAGAAGAAUCUUCGAGAUAUGGCCUUCUUCGGUCUGACCGAAUUCCAACGCAAAACUCAGUACUUGUUCGAACGGACCUUCCGCCUCAAGUUCAUCCGGCCCUUCAUGCAGUACAACAGCACGCGGGCUGCUGGCGUAGACCUGGACAACGACACAAUCCAGGGCAUCGAGGAGCUGAACGACUUGGACAUGCAGUUGUACGACUACGCCAGGGAUCUUUUUCAGCAGCGCUACAUGUACAAGCGACAAAUCGAACGACGAGAGCAGCGUCUCAAAAACCAGCCUCUCUUUCCGUUUCGCCGGAUGGCCAUCUCCGACCCUUCUUCCAGGGACGACAUGCCUGAAUCCGAAGCUUUGCGCUUGCCAACAGAGGACUAUAUGAAUCACAUCAUCAACCGUUGGUAGCAGUGCCGGGGGGAGGGUGAUGAUGGGAAAUCCGGGAGGAAGAGGCAGCGAUUCCCAGGUCAGGUCAUGAGGGAGAUAACUGUAGAGAAGGACACAGAUCUUUAGCGCCACCAUGUUGUCCGUUGACAAGUCGUACACGGCCCUCCCCCCUACUGUUGUCCUUCUGAGGACUACAAAUGCAGGAAGCAUUUGCGUUGAAUCAGUUUUUAAGACCGAUCACUUGCCUGAUGUCAGAAACGUGACUGACUAACUGAAAGCACUGAACCUGGAUUUAGACAUUUACAGAUUUUCAGACAUUUAAAGACUUCUGUGGACUGAAGAAAAAAAAACUUAAACAUAGAUUAUGGGAAUUAUAUUCACUGCAGAUUUUAAAGAAUGAUCGGAACGGAAUUGUAUAGAGGUGUUUGCUUAAAUGUCUGCUGCCAUUUCAGCCAUAAAUUUGUGACGAUAACAGUCUGUAUUUUUGUUUUUAGUUUAUUAUGUCCUUUAUUUCGUUUUGUUCUAUUUUUUAAAGGGAUGUUAUGUCACUUAAAAAAGAGAUAUACUCACAGCACUGAGACCAACAGAGCUGCCUAACUCUUAUUGGAUGCAAUUUAUUAGCUGUUCAUAAUCAGUGAUGACUUGAAAAAGUCUGUUCUGUUGGGUUCAUUUUUUAUUUCGAUGCACAGACAGACAGCGCUUGGACCAUAGCCAUUUUUUAAGCUUUCAGGAUACUGUAUGAGAAACCGGUGAGCUAAGUGUACUAAUAUAAUCUUACUGAUGCCUGAUGCUAUUGGCCGAGACAAAAUCUAGGUUGUUGUGGCAUCGAGCCUAGGCAUCCAAUUCAGGCUGUGUCUUAGUAGCUGAGCUCUGGCUAUUAUGCUUAAAAGGGAUGCUGGUGGAGACCCAAAGAGUAAAAUAGUGUCUUAUUUUACACUUAGUGGGAGGGAUGUGCUGUGUUUCUGAACGGGAAGAUAUUGUGCACUAUAUGGAGAUGAAAUAAUGAUGUUGACUCUGUAAUGACGCCUUUGUGUCAGUCAAGAACAGGAGCGUUGUAGAGUUGUGUGCGGGAGAAUGAGAGACAGAGAAAGAGCUCACGAAAGCCAAGAGCCGAAGGAAGAAGCAGCAGACGCAGCCUUUAUAAAUGUCACCAUCAUUCCCAAUUCCCAGAGACUACUCAAUGUUUUGUAUGCGUAUGGGUGGAGAAUGCUCGUAUGUGUAUAUACUUCGAGUGUUUUUAAACGUUCUUUAAGAAUGGACGUUCUUAGUAUGCAAGUGUAUUAUCAGAUUUUAAAGCCCUAUGAAUGUGUGUGUGAGUGUGUGUUUCACAAUCGCUUUCCAUGGUCCUCAGGGACUGAAGCUAAUAUGGGGACUAGAAAGAUGUCACAUAACUCCCCUUAUGCAAGUCUAUGGGUACUCAGAGUCAUCUAUUGUUAAAGGAACAGUCCUCACCACUUCAGUCUAUACAGUGUAAGUGAAUGGGGACUGGAGCUGUUAUGUUCCAAGAAUGACCAAAAGCAUCAUAAAGUCUAGUUCCAUGUCCUGAAGGAACUCUUUAUUGGUGAUUUGUUUUGUCAUUUUUGGUCCUCAGCUGCCCGCUCCAUGCACUUUCAAUGUAUGUAAAAUAAACAUUAAAUUCUAAUGUCUUAGGUAUUUUUUUUUAAAUAAAAAGUAAAAUGAGUUGGAACAAACCAAACUUGAGUAAAAACAUUGAGGACAAAACGUCUGUGUGAACUGUUCCUUUAAAUUACAGCCAAGCACCAGAAUAAACAAUAUGUGAAAAAGGUAUCAGGAAGAAUUAGCCUAUUGGAAAUGUUCCCUACUGUUCAACUGACUUAAAAGGUUCUGAGGAACGUCUUUGCUUCUACUUAAUGCUCUGCGAUGGAAAUUCACUCAGUAACCAUAAAACAGACAACUCUUCACCUACUGCAUAUUUAACCAAGCCUAGAGUGUUGUUUUAUUAAACAGAAACAAAUGUCUUCUAAUGAAUGUUCCUUAAAAUUCAUGAAUGAUCAGCCCUUUAUUGAUAUCUCAAAAUGUGAUGCUGUCGUUUCUGUCAGCCUGAAAUAAUUGGAAAAUAUUCCUAAUAGAAAUUUGGGAUUGUCUUACUGCAAAACUCAUUCAAGCUCAUCUUGACUAGCUCGGUGACCGAGUAUUUUUCUGUCUAUAGCAAUGAUGUCCAGCCAUCCAAUCAGAGCGGAGAAUUUAUGUGCUUUUAAAAUAAUCAUAUGAAACGUGUGUGUGUGUGUGUGUGUGUAAAAGUGUAAGCAGCACUAUAGCGUAUCCCUGAGCCCUGAAGAUAGCGAGUGCUUGAAUCCUGGGAGCAGUUACCCAUCACAUCCAGUUCAUUUUCUCUGGGUCUUAUUUCUCAUCAUUUCAAAAUGGAUCGUCAAAGACACCAAUAAAAAAGAUUUCACUUUUAUAAA